AUGGCCAAGAAAGAGUAUUGCAAAUUUCACAAUGUGUGGAGCCAUUCCACUAACAAUUGUGUAGUUUUUCACAAUAUUGUGCAAAAAGCAAUUGAAGAUGGCAAGCUAAAGUUUUCAAAAAAAUCAGAGGUGAUGGGUGCUGGUGGAAAUCCUUUCCCCAAGGCCGUUACAAAAAACGUUUCCUCUAUGGUUUCGAAACAUCCUAAAAAGAAGGGAGUUGUCAUUGAAGAAAACAACCCCAUGAAACUAAAGAAAAUUGUGUUGGAAAAGCCACCAUAUGGCAUGACUCAGCAGCUCAAACCUCUUUAUAUCAGGGUACUGGUGGAAGAGAGACCCAUGGCAAGAGUUUUGGUAGAUAAUGGUUUAGUACUGAACGUUGUUCUAGUCAAUGUCAUGCGCAUGCUUGGAAAGUCACCUGAAGACAUCAUUCCAACUGAUGUAUCCAUUAGUGGAUUCAGGGGAGGAAUAGUGAAGAUGCAAGGAAUUCUACCGUUGGAGUUAACGGUGGGAGAUAGAACUUCCAUCAUAGCCUUUUUUGUUAUUGAGUCCAUAGUGGCUUAUAAUUUGCUUUUAGGCCGCAAAUGGAUUCAACCAAACUUUUGCAUUCCAUCUUCACUCCAUUAA